CUUCUUUCUUCUCCUUCGAUCUUUGCCAGCUGAUCAGCCAUGGCGAUCACAAAUUUCUUGUUUUCGUCCUCUAUCCUCCUUUUCGCAUUGCUAGCUAUUGCUUCGGCUAGCGAUUAUGGCUAUGUCGUCCCCAAGCCGGACAAUAGUUAUAGCUCCGCUCCCAAACCAGACAUUGUCAAACCCGACAACUAUUAUGCCCCUAAACCAAAACCUGAUAUUGUCAAACCCGAAAAUGUUUACAGUCCAGAACCAAAACCUGCUUAUGUCAAACCCGAAAAAAUAUACAAUUCUGAGCCAAAACCUGCUUAUGUCAAACCCGAAAAAGUCUACAAUCCUGAACCAAAACCUGCUUAUGUCAAACCCGAAAAUGUUUACAAUCCAGAACCAAAACUUGAUUAUGUCAAACCCGAAAAAAUAUACAAUUCUGAACCAAAACCUACUUAUGUCAAACCCGAAAAUGUUUACAGUCCUGAGCCAAAACCUGAUUAUGUCAAGCCUGAUAAUGUCUACAAUCCUGCACCAAAACCCGAUAUUGUCAAACCCGAAAAGGUCUAUACCCCCGAACCAAAACCUGCUUAUGUCAAACCCGAAAGUGUCUACACUCCCGAACCAAAACCUGCUUAUGUCAAACCUGAAAAUGUCUACACUCCCGAACCAAAACCUGCUUAUGUCAAACCUGAAAAUGUCUACAGUCCUGAAUCAAAACCUGCUGAUGUCAAACCCGAAAAUGUCUACAGUCCUGAAUCAAAACCUGCUGAUGUCAAACCCAAAAAUGUCUACAAUGUUGAAGCAAAACCUACUGACGUUACACCUGAAAAUGUUUACACUCCCGAACCCAAACCUGCUUAUGUCAAACCUGAAAAUGUUUAUAGUCCUGAAUCAAAACCUACUGAUGUUAAACCCAAAAAAGUCUACAGUCCUGAAGCAAAAUAUCCUGAUGUUAAACCUGAAAUUGUCUACACUCCCGAACCAAAACCUACUUAUGUCAAACCUGAAAAUGUCUAUAGUCCUGAAUCAAAACCUGCCGAUGUCAAACCCAAAAAUGUUUACAGUCCUGAAGCAAAACCCACUGACAUUAAACCUGAAAAUGUCUACGCUCCCGAACCUAAACCUACUUAUGUCAAACCUGAAAAUGUCUAUACUCCUGAACCAAAACCUGCUUAUGUCAAACCCGAAAAUGUUUACAAUCCUGAACCAAAACCUAAUGCAGAGCCUAAACUAGACUAUAGCUAUAUCCCAAAAUCUGAAUUAGAUGUUGUUAAACGUGAUGUUACUAUUUCUAAACCAAAGCCAGAAUAUGUCAAUCCCAAUGAAGAGUAUAGCCCAAAGUCUGAAUCAGACAUUAAAAAACCUGAUGUCACCAAUACUAAACCCGACUCAGAUUAUGUCAAAUCUGAUGAAAAAUAUAGUCCAAAAUCUGAAGUUGAACCUGAUACUGUUUAUCCCAAAUCAAAACCAGAAGAAUAUAACCCAAUACCAAAAUCUGAUACCAAAAACCCUGACACGACUUAUUCUGAUAACCCAACUUCAGAAUAUGAAAAACCUGUUGAAAGCCUGAAGCCUAAAUCGUACACUUCUGAAAGCACCUAUCCUAAAUCAAAACCAGAAGAUGUCAAAUCUGAAGAAUAUGGUCCAGAUGAAUAUGGUCCAGAAGAGAAAUCAGAAAGCGUAAAACCCGAUGUUCAAUACCCUGAGUCAAAGCCAAAAACUGUUAAACCUGAAGAAGAUAGUCCCGAAGAGAAAUCGGAAAGCGUGAAACCCGAUACCGAAUAUUCUGAAGAAAAACCUGAAAUUGGAAAAUUAAAUUACGGUGAUCUUCCAAAACCUGAUCUUAAGAAACCCGACUAUGGAUACAGCCCAAAGUUGGAAAAUCCUCUACAAAUUGGCAUUGAAGGUCUUGUUAUGUGCAAAUCGGGGUCUACUUAUCUUCCUAUAGCAGGUGCCAUUGCAAGAAUAACAUGUUCAGUCAUAGACGAGAGUGGGUACAAGACAACACCAUUUUCAUGCAUGACCGAUCCAACUGAUGCAAAGGGUUAUUUUUUCAAGGGACUGUAUAAUAAUUUGAAGCUAGAAGACUGCACUGUCAAACUUGAAAAAUCUCCAUUAAAAUAUUGCAAUAUUGCUACAGAUGUCAAUAAGGGAAUUUCUGGUGCUCUUCUUUCUUCUUACCGCAUUCUUUCAGAGAAGAAAAUGAAAUUAUAUUAUGUUGGUCCUUUCUUCUACACCUCUGAAACUAAACCAACCCCUGCUACUGGUUAUUAGGGUUUGUUUUGUAUUUUUCUUUCUUUUUUGAUUUGAUUCUAAUUGUUUUGUUUGUCUGUUUUAUUCAUUUUCAUCUUAUUGAGUCAUUUAUUAA